AUGAAUUUUGAGGACUCUUGUCAGGCGUUGUCGUCUACAUUUGAGCUUUUGACACAUAUCCAGCAAGUUAAAUUCAAUAAGCUGAAAAAAUCUAUUUAUGGAUUAUCAUAUGAUUAUGUGGUAUGGACUUGGUUAUCAUUUUUCACAUCUGUGAUAUCAUCUAUAAACUUCUAUAUAAACCCAGAGGUCAUACGACAAUACCGUAACAGAUUUCCUGUUCAUCCUGAAGUAAUUGUAUCAUUUCCUAUCUUGAUUAUUGAUAUGAUUGGAACGGUUGUUGUUAGUGGUUUACUAGUUCAACUAUUCGUUAUAUAUAAUAGAACUAGAAGUGUUAAUCAAGGAGUAAGUGGAUUAACGAAAUGCAUACUAACCUUGCUCAUUAUCAUAUUCCUUUGGAGUACUAAAUGUUACAUCAUGGAACAAAAGGCGCUAUUCCUUUUGGACAUUAUCGAUUUUCUUUGGUUUGUAAGUAAAUUCACUCUCAUAAUCAGAUACAUUCCACAAAUAUUCAUGAACUGGUUUGAUUCAUGUGUCGUUGGUCAUAGCGAUUCCUUUUUGGCGUUUCAAUCGAUCUCAUUGUUGUGUCUUGCAUUUAGCAAAUUUGCUUUAAUAUCUGAAGAUUGGUUCAAUAUACCGGUGAAUUAUAACACCUGGAGUUACUUGGUCAGCGGGUCAGUUUGCCUACUUAUACUUUUUUUGCAAGAAAGAUUUCUAUAUCACGGAAAGAAACCAUCACUAGACUUGAUGUAUAUCGCAAGUGAAACUUUUCACGUUUAA